GAUGACCAGAGACUGCAGACACAGUACAGGGAUGACCAGAGACUGCGGACACAGUACAGGGAUGACCAGAGACUGCGGACACAGUACAGGGAUGACCAGAGACUGCGGACACAGUACAGGAGAUGACCAGAGACUGCGGACAUAGUACAGGAGAUGACCAGAGACUGCGGACACGGUACAGGGAUGACCAGAGACUGCAGACACAGUACAGGGAUGACCAGAGACUGCAGACAGUACAGGAGAUGACCAGAGACUGCAGACACAGUACAGGAGAUGACCAGAGACUGCGGACAGUACAGGGGAUGACCAGAGACUGCGGACAG